AGCAAAUACGUAGUAGUAGUGGUAGUAGUUGCCGUCGACCUCAACGCGCGCCGCCGACAUCCGAGAACGGAACACACGGGACGACAUCGCGCGCCGCGGUCGACCGUGAUCGGACCACGCCGCCGUGUACCCUCCGUCCCGCACCGAUUGCACCUUUGUUGUGUGUCCGUGUGCGUGCGUGCGAACGUACUUGCAUCGCAUGCACCGCAUAGACGCAGCAGCCGCCGCCGAGCACGUAAACACAAGAAAUGCGUACGUCUCCGACGGGUUAGACGUGUGUGCGUGCGUGUGUGUAUGUACGUGUGAGUGAGGGAGCCAAAGUGUACGUAUGAGUGAACGAGCUAGUGUACGUGUGAGUGAGCGACCGUGUGUUCGCGCGUGCCAGUGUGAGUGCGCGUGAAUGCAAUUCGGCGAGGCGAGCGUAUAGUUUGUGGCGGUGCAUACAUGUAGUAGGUAUAUAAGCGGCAGUAUAGUAAGUACACUACUAUAUCGGACGGCAAAAUGGCUGGAGAAGUGCGCUUCCGAUUGACCGACAACCUGGAUCCACUUCAGACAUUAGAUAUUUGCCACGAGAUUGUCAACAUGACAUUUUGUUCAUCAGACAGACCUUUUACCUUAAAAAAAUGUACAAAAAAGAGAUGCGUUGAUAGGUAUGAUAGCUCUGAAAGUUCAGACAGUGGUGUUGCAACAUUUAUUACUGAACUUGGAUCACCUUUGACUCCAGAUAGUCGGGUUAGUGAGUAUUCUAUUCCUUCUCCAGAUGAAUGUGAACCCAUAAUGGCACCACCACCACCUUUAGCGAAUUCUGCUGAUGAAAUUGAUUUAGCAUGUUGGCCGUGGAGUGAAGAAUGGGCAGCUGAUUGUUCCAAUAUUGAAUUAUUUUCUGAUGCCUGUGAUACUACUGAUUAUUGCAAGACAGAUACAAACAUUGCCAAUAUUGAACUUGACCAAAAUGCAAUUGAGGAUGACUCGUGUAAUGACAAAUUAAACAUUUUUCAAAAUUCGUCAAAAAUAAACGACUUGUUUAAUUCAUUACCAUUAGCUCAAUGUAAACUUAUAGAGUCUUCCGAUAUUAAAUCUGAAUGUGACUUUGUUCCUGAUAAAAAGUUUCUUGUGUCUGAUGAAGAAUCACCAACAAAAUUUACACUUCGUAGUUCUGAUGAACAUUUUUCUAAUGACAUCAUUACUUCUCUACAAUCCAAUAUUUUAGAUAAUAAAUGUUUAUUAAAAGAUGAAGAGUCAUUGUUAUCUUUACAGUUUCCAUCUUGUACCCCCUCAACGUGUUCAGAUAGUUUUGAUGAGACUGAUUUUAAACUGUGUGAAGAUCAAAUGGACAACAGUAUUUCAAUCAAUUACAUAAAAGAUGAAGGUGAAAAAUCAAUUUGUAAAGGUUUAAUUGAUGCAUCUUCAACCAAAAAUUUCAAAUUAAAUAACAAUAUUUCUGAUGAUGAAAGUGACUCUAGUAGUCCGCAUAAAAAGUUAUGUGUAGACCAGACAAUUAAACUGCCAAAUAAGGGUAGGUAUUUUAUGAGAUCAUCUUCUGGUUCUUCUCAUGAUUUAUUCAAAUCUAAAAUUCCUCACUUAUUGGACCAAAAUAAAAACAUACAAGAUAAUUUAAAAUCAUCACCAACAAGAUUGAAAUGCUCUCUUCGAAAUCCAAUUAAUAAACAUCAGCAAUGCGACAAUAAUGGUUCAAUAAGAAAUAACGAACAACUUAAUUAUUCCACAACUGAAUUAACAUCAGUUGGUUUUGAUUCUAAUAAAAUUAGAUUUCCAAAGUUAGAUAGUCAUUGGAUUUCAUUGAGAGGAAAUAUCAUGUGUCGUUGGAAUAAUUGUGAUAGUCAUUUUACUGCUACUGCUAAGCUCAUUGAACAUCUCCAGGUAAAACAUGUAAAUUCUCAGACUUUUAGUGAAAGUUUUGUGUGUUUAUGGUCAGACUGCAAAGUAUUUAAUAAGCCAUCUUGUUCACGUUCAUGGCUUGAGCGUCAUGUGUUAAGUCAUGGGGGUAAUAAACCAUUGCAGUGCAUCGUUCAGAAGUGCAGACAACGUUUUAGUUCUCAAAUAAUGCUUGAAAGGCAUGUGAAUCAACAUUUUAAGUCUUCUAGUAAUAGAGAGGAUGAAGGUCUAAAUGGUAAAUUAAUAAGAAGAAAAGGAAAGAAAUUGCGUCUUCGUAGGCAACCAUUCACUGCUAGAAAAUUUGAUUACUUUGAUCAAGCUACAAUGAUGGAAUUACAAAACCAGCUAUUUUUAAGUACACAAAAUAGUCAACAAGAUUUUAUUGAUUACAGUCGAAGAGCCAUUAAAUUUCAACCUAAUGUCAUUGCUAGAAGAAUAUUAGAAGGAAGCAAAACACAAGAAGUGCUGAUGCGAUGGUUUCCUCCUAACAUAUUAGAAGACGAAUGGAUCACUUGUGAUAAAAAAACAAAUUUCAAUGUGAUUGAACGUGUUGUACCUAUUAUGUCAAUGAGCACAGAAAAUCGGGAUUCAAUUACUAAACUGUUCGGUAAUAUUUUUCCACCUUCAUCUCGACGUUCGCGUAAAUGAACAUUUUAAUAUUGCUGCUACUCUUUUGUAAAGGAAGCUGCUUUAUAAGAGGUGUUCUUAGUUUUUAUUCUUCUACAAUUCUUGUGAUAUUUUAAUCUAGUACCUAAGUAAUAAUUUUAAUUUACCUAUGUGUCUUGGUUUUUACAAAUUAUAUAGAUAAAUAAUGGUACAAAUAAGUGCCUCAAAAUAGUAAUUACUAAGUGAUGCAAAUGUGUCACCAUAAAUAAAUUGUCAAUAAAUACUAGUUCGUUUAACACUAUACAUAUCAUUGUGGUCAGUUAGGCAAAUCAUUAGAAUAUUAUAGUAUACACCCAGUACAUGCAGAGUACUAACAUUUAUUUUUACUUUAAAACGUGUA